GAAGCUCAUAUGUGUGUCGUUUGGUAUCAAGUUUAGCGAGCGUGUUGUACGCCGAUUCGGGUCAGUUUUUUGGGCUCGAAAUCGUUCGUGCGUGUUCUACUUUGCUCCGGGAUACGCUUUUCGGGGAGAGGAGCAUCCUACGAGUGACUUUACGCCAGUCCCGGCUUGUUAUUCUCUGUCGCGCACACGAUUUCGCGGGAGCUACCGCAGUGGAGAAUGCUUCUGUUCUGGAACGAACCACGCGCGACCGUAGCCCGCGUGGUGGUGUGCCGCCUCUUCGGUGGCGUGGCCGCUUGGGGGCAGCGCGAGCAACAGCGUGGUGAGCCAUGGAGGCUGCGCUGAACGGCUUGCCGGCGGCCGCCAACGGGCCCGGCGUCGUCGGCCAGGGCUCGGCGGCCAAGGCGUACGACUACCUGCUCAAGUUCCUGCUGGUCGGCGACAGCGACGUCGGCAAGGGCGAGAUCCUCGGCGGACUCGAGGAUGGCGCCCUCGAGUCGCCCUUCAGUGCCCCUGGUGGCUUUGCAUCAUACCGGACAACGACGGUGCUGCUGGAUGGCAAACGGGUGCGGCUGCACCUGUGGGACACGUCGGGUCAGGGCCGGUUCUCGACAAUUAUCCGCUCAUACUCGCGGGGCGCCCAGGGGAUCCUCCUGGUGUAUGACAUCACGAACCGGUGGUCCUUCGACGGCCUGGGGCGCUGGCUCCAGGAGGUGGAGCGGCAUGCACCCGGCGUCUCUAAGGUCUUGCUGGGCAACCGGCUGCACCUUGCCUUCAACCGGGAGGUGGGCCGCCAGGAGGCUGCCGAGUAUGCGCACAAGCACGGCAUGGCUUUCUUUGAGGUGAGCCCACUGUGCGACUUCAAUGUGACCGAGUCCUUCGUGGAGCUUUCUCGCAUGGCCCUGCGCCGAAAUGGCAUGAAACACCUCUGGCGCUCAAACCGAGUGCUGUCUCUGCAGGAGCUGUGCUACCGCUCUAUCGUGAGUUGCACGAGCUCGCACCGCAUCGAGCAGCUGCCGCUGCCCACACCCCUCAAGUCGUGCCUCAAGUCAUACUUCAUGAGCUCGUCUCUGGUGGACGGCUCCUCCUCAAGGCCGGGCCUCCCACUCGCACCCUCGCACCCCGUGGGGGCUCGUGGUGCAGAGCUCAAACUAAACGGCCGCAACAAGCACCACCGAAGGCACUCGGCCGUGGCCGCACUCCACUGCCGCAAGAGCUGCUGCAUCUCGUAGCGGAGGCAUUGUGAAUUGAAGGCUGUUCUGUGACAAGCAUCAUAACAACAUGGACUGUUGACAGCUCCCUGGUCAUGGUGGUGACCUUUGACGUGUGAACUUCUGUGACAAGUGCAUUUGCAGACACACAGACAUUGUGUGCCACAGCGUGCUGGCCACUUUGAGUGCUCAGACAGGAUGCCUUUUGACAGCACUCUUGGAUUGGCUAGCCAUUGAGCACACUGUGUUUUCAUCACUUCUGGUUGUCAAGUCUCAACGUGCCUGCUUUGAGAAGCCCUGUACGUAGUGUAAAUAGUUAGUGUAGCCAAUAAUGGCAUCUGUGCUGUGCUGUGUUUCAUUUGUGUUGCAAGUGAACGUAGAUUUAACAUAGGCUGGAUGUGUAGCCGUCAUUUCUAACUGCUUCUUGGCCACCCUCAUAGCGACGUCAACAUGACUUACAGCAGCAAGUGUGUGUGUUGUAACACUGGUCAUGUUCUAUCUUGAAGCUUCAGCCAACUCUUUGGUCUUCAUCUUUGGUACAGUGUUUUUCUUUUGUUAUUAUUCUCCAAUAACAGUCAAGAAAGAUGAGCUUAUUUGAGAUGCUAAGUGAGCACAAGUAAAUAAAGAAUUAUAGGCUUAAUAAAUACGAGCCGCUGUACAUAUAUUAUGUUAAUAUCACAGACCUGCUAUUCUUUUUUUCGUCUCUUGACAGAAACAGUGACAUUUCCUAUUACUGGAAGAGCACUGUUUGUUUCUGACAUUGCUGAGAGAAUCGCAAGUCAGGGUGUCAUAUUUAUUCAUACAUGUUUAUAAAUAGUUGAGUUUGGCAUCUCGAGAGGAGACAGCUUGUACAUCUCUAAAGUGAGUUGAAAUGUUGGAAAUUGUCCACAGUGUCUGCUCUUGUAUUGACUGAUUACACUCACUGAAAUAAAGUUCAUUGUAUGUUAAGUAAAUGAAUUUUUUUCUUCUUUAACAUUUCAUCUUUCUGUUAUUCUGGAGUAGACUUUGGGUCAAGAAUGUACACUUACUGGGACUAGUCAUGCUUUUCCCAGAGUGGCUAUUUUUACUUUAUUUUUAGAGCAUAACAUUUCAUACUGAGACAUACUAACAUGCUAGUAGUGAAUGCAUGAUGAGGCCAGAUUGUCUGAGUGAGUACUUUGCUGAUACAUAAUGAUUAAGGUAACUGUAACACUAGCUGGUUGUGGAUAUACCUCUGGUGCUUACUUAACAUAUUUUUGUUUUCAGAAAAAUUUUGCAGUGUGAGGUGUGCGUGUGUUAACACUGCUUGGAGUGUUUGAGCAAAUGUAACCAAGCUGGACAGUGCUGUAGGAAGCAAUACAGUCUGAAGUGCCCAAAAUGUGCUGCAAGUCAUGCUGUGCUCGGUUUCUGUUGUGCAGCUUUUUUGGUGCAACGAUGCAAGUGCACUGUUGUCUGCCAUAUGACUAUGAUCACAUGUGGAAAUGUAGUCAGGUGUUUAGUUGUGUUGUGAUGUGUCGAAAUUGUUGUUGUAAUGAUGUGUGUUUAUGUCCUGUGUGUUAGAAAUGUCUAGACAAUGUGCCCUGGUCGCGUCUUUUAUGUCAUAACCUCAAAUUGUAUAUAAGAGAUUUGUCAUUGGUGCGAGACCGGUUCUGCAUGUUUUGUCCAAAUAUGGAUUGGCUGACCUUGACACUGUUGCAGUGACCAGAGCUGUGUGAAACAUGCAAGACAAGAAUAAAACAUUGAAUUUGCCUUGUG